CACGUAUCAAAGAGCUAAGGUGUGUUUCUACCUGAACGCUGACCGUCUGCCUCUGCCCAUCUCUGAGCCUGAGCUCUGCCCGCAGCGACGCCAUCUUCCUCGCUGAUGACGUCAUCGCGCACCAUCUACUGCCUUAAGUUUUUGUUCCGGUGACGUCUCACCUCAAUGUCCCGCCAAAUACGAUCUGAGGAAGUGAACCGGAAGUUGUCAUUGGUUAAUGGCAGUUACCAGCUCGAUAACACACAUCAGAACAUCUGAUUAUUCAUUAUUGGUGCUUCACCGACUAGUUCACAGUCACACGGAGCAAUCUGACCUUAGAUCGAGGAGGAUGUGUGAGGAACAGACAGUGUCUCUGGUUGAUGUUCUGGAGGAAGAUGAGGAGCUAGAGGAAGAAGCUUCAGCUGUGCUGGCAGGAAGUGACUCUGACCACUGCUCUUAUCCUCAGGGGUACGUGAAGCGGCAGGCUCUGUAUGCCUGUAACACCUGCACGCCAAAGGGCAGCGAGGCAGCCGGCAUCUGUUUGGCGUGCUCCUACAAAUGUCACGAAGGUCACGACCUCUUUGAGCUGUACACUAAGAGGAACUUCCGUUGUGACUGUGGAAACAGGAAGUUCUCGGAGCUGCUGUGUAAACUCCACCCGGACAAAGAUGAGGUAAACAGUCUGAAUAAAUACAGUCAGAACUUCUUUGGAGUUUACUGCACCUGCGGCCGACCGUACCCAGACCCAGAGGACCAGGUGGAGGACGAGAUGAUUCAGUGUGUGGUCUGUGAGGACUGGCUGCAUGGCCGGCACCUGGGCUGUGUGGUCCCAGACUGCGUGGAGCUUCAGGAGAUGAUCUGCGAGUCCUGUAUGAAAACACACUCGUUUCUCUGGACCUAUGCUGCGCACCUAGCAGUACCAGGUGGAGCAGUGGAGGUGAAGAAGGAAACGGCAGAAGAGCCCACUGUUCCCACCAAAGAAGACGAGGUUGAUGAUGCCAUUGAGCCUAGCUGCAAGCGGAGCCGUGAGGAGGUGGAGCCAAGGUGCAGACUGAAGGAGCUGCAGGCAAUUGGUCAGAAAAGAGUUCAAUCAGGAGCUGUGUUCUGGCCUUCAGCGUGGCGUUCCAAGCUCUGCUCCUGCAGCAUAUGCCAGGUGCGCCUGCUUGAAGCUGGUCUGUCCUUCCUGUUGGACGAGUCAGACACUGUCCUCGCCUAUGAGAACAAAGGAAAGAACAGCGAGCAAAGACGACAGGAACACGACCCUCUGAUGUCAGCGCUCGACAACCUGAACCGCGUGCAGCAGCUCGAGAUCAUCCAUGGAUACAAUGACAUGAAAACUGAGCUGAAGGACUUCCUGCAAAGAUUUGCAGCUGAAGGAAAAGUCGUGACAUCUGAUGACAUUCGUCAGUUCUUCGAGCAGCAGAGUCGUAAAAGACGCAGAGUUGACGCCGGAGCGUUCUACUGCACCUGAUCCCCUCUGACCUCACCUUCAUCUGCUGAUCUUUCAUCCCUGACUAAAUGAAAUCUGUUGUGUGUUUCCUGUUUUAACUUUUUUUUAUAAAAUCUGUCUGACAUGUCCAACAUUCUCUUUCUGUCUCAGUAAUGUUUCCUUUUUAAACAACCUAAUAAAACAAUCUGAACAUGGCAA